AUGAAUGAGAAACUCUCAAAAGACUCUUUUCCUCAUGAAGUAAUCCACUGGUUACGUAAAAACAACUUCGACGAGACUGUUGUAAAAGGUUUCGAGGGUGAAUCUAUAAAUGGAAAGGAUUUUUUUGAGUUGGAGAUGUGGAUGAUUGAGCGUAUGAUCAAAGGCAUAAAAGAAGUAAAGAGAUUCCGGACUUUGUGGUCAAAAGAAACAAGCCAGACUUUUGAUGGAAAUGGUAUGCCUGUCCAAAGUAAACAACCUUGUGCAAUUGUCAUAGAUAGUCAUACAGAUGAUGCAGAAACUAUGACCCCUUCCCACAGAAUCGCAAACCCACCCUCGGCAAAAAUUGGAACAACUCCCAGUUGUCAUAGGAUGAUAGAACCAAUAUCUCCAGAGGUUCCUACAGAAGGUUCCCCAUCAAAUUUUACAGUAGAUGAGAUUCCUAAGACCCCAUGUUCAUUUACUGCAACAUCAACAAGGCGAGGAAGGUCUGGUGAGAAAAAUGUUAAGUUUGGAUGGGUACAGUUCUUUGAAAUUCCCGACAAGUUUUCGGUUAAUGUUGAGAUGGGACUAGCUUCUAGGAAUUUGAAUGGAAAUCAACGCAAUGAGUUAAACAGAGAUAUCUGUACUCUCAUUUCAACCCAUACUAGAUACCCAACAGAAGCAGAAAGGCAAAUAAUUGCCCAAAAGAUUGUUGCCAAAUACCCAUUUCUGAAAGAUCCAAAAAUUUGUUCUACAUCAACUGAGUGGGGAUCAUGGGAACAAAAGAUAAAGCACAGAAUGAAACGUCUCCAGAGAAACCCUUUAAAGCACACACAAGACUGUAAGCCAAAUACUGAAGGUGAAUCAAUUGGCACACCGGUAGUCAAGAAAAUAAAAUUAAAUAUUAAACCUUGGCUCAAAAUCCCACCACUUGACGAAGGGGAAACUGAAGAUACCAUGAAGGAAAAGACUCAGCAACUAAAGAAAAUCUGCCGAAUUGCACGUCCAGAUCAAACCUUGGUAAAGUCACUGAUGUCAUCAACAUAUCCUGUCAGACGAAAAAUGAUUCUUGAAGGGACCGAGAGCGUGGAUAGUUUGUUGAAACUCUUUCCUCCAUUGCUGCAACAUAUUCAUCUGAAGCAAGAAAUGUGCCGAGUCAUGGGGGACAAAGAUGUCACAAGAUUAAUGAAGGAACGCUUAAUUGAUACAUGGCUUCCAAAAAUAUUAUCCUAUGUACAGAAGAGUGAAAAGUCCUCAUUCAAGAAAUUGGUGGAAGAGAUGGACUCGGCGAUUUCUGAAGAUAAACUCAGUCCAACCGAGUGCAACCACAGAACAGCAAUUUUCGCCAUUACUAAUUACCUACUACGGUGUGGGGGUGGAAGGAAGAACAGCGGGGAAGAGAAGGUCCUCAUGCUACUAAAGACCAACGAUAACAUGGAUGCUUUGAUUAAAAACGCAAUUUCGCCCAUCGUUUUAUUGAGUGGGUUAGAUCUUUAUCAUCUAGAUCUAAUCUACAUUGCAGGGGAACAUAAAUUGCUGUGUGACCUGAGUAAAGACGACAAACUUGUGGAUGCUUUAGUUGCGUUGAUAUCGUGUUAUUAUGUGUAUGAUUUUGACUACACCAUGGUCAAAAACGUCAUGAUUUUCCUUGAGCAUGCAAUGUUAAGCAUUGAACCUUCUAAAAUGCCAGUACGAGUGACGGAGGUAGUGCAUGCUAUGAUGGCCAUCGAACAAAACAAUGAGUAAUCAUUUGGAACUUUAAUACGGUAUUAUAUAUGUUUAAAUAUGUUUAUAUAUUUUUGAAAUAUUUAUUAUACCUAUAUUUGCAGACCUUAAAAUAUCG